AUGGAACGCUCCUUAGGGUCUUACCAAGUCUAUGCAAAGUAUGUUGUAACCUAUGGAAAUGCUCAUGAAGCUUCAAUUGGAGCUAUCAAUUUAACGUUUCCUCCUGAUCCAGUCACCGAGAUCAAUAUCGUAGAUGUAAGCAAUUUUGUCACAAUUUUCGGCGUUCUGCGAACAGCUCACAUUGACAAAGAGGAUGACAUCAGAUCAUAG